AUGUCACAACAUCAAGAUAUAUCUGCUUCUAAAAAUACUAAGUCUACUAAAAAGGUUAGUGCUCCUCCCAUGGGCAUUCCCGAUGAUGAGAUUCUGGAUGUUAUUCCUCUCUCGGUUAUUCCCUGUGAGGCCAUUGAUUUGAAACAACCCAUUGAUGCCUCGGCUUCUGCAUGCUCCAAUCAAGGGAAAACCGUGUCUGAAAAAGGAAAAUUUGUGGCAUCUAAAACUGCCAAUGCUUCCCACUUUGAGAAGCAUGAUGAUGCAAAUGUUAUGAUUGAUCUAGAGGAUGGUAGCUAUGAUGAUCAAGAGGAAAGCUUACUUCAUCACCUAAAGCCAAGUGUGGCUAAAUGCAUGAAGACUCGCAAAGGAAGAUCUGUGGCUGAACUUAUGUCAUCUAGAAAAGCUAAGAAGAUUGCUGAUAACAUCUCCUUCCAUCUUGAGGAUAGAGCUGCAAAGUGGAAAUUUGUGAUUCAGAGAAGGGUAGUUGUGGAAAGGGAGUUUGGAAAAGAUGUUGUUGAUGUCAAGGAGGUCAUGGACCUGAUAAAAGCUGCGGGGCUGUUGAAGACUAUUGCUGGGUUCUCUCAAUGCUAUGAAGGUUUAGUUAAGGAAUUUAUUGUUAACAUUCCUGAGGAUAUUUCGGAUAAGAAUAACAAGGAAUUCUGCAAGGUGUAUGUGAGGGGCAGAGAUAAUGAGGGUGCAAUUGAAUUAGAAGUGACAGACAAUGAGGUCUGUAGAGAGAUUACAACUAGGCAUGUGAAAGGUUGGUCUGUUAAAAAGCACCUUCCUGCUGGUAAGUUGACCGUUAAGUAUGCAAUCCUACAUAAAAUAGGAGUUGCCAACUGGGUCCCUACCAACCAUAUCUCCACCAUUGCUAAUACCCUUGGAAGGUUUAUUUUUGCUGUUGGAACAAAAGUGAAAUUUGACUAUGGUAGAUUUAUGUUUGAACAAAUCAUCAAGCAUGCAUCUACUAAUGCAGUUAAGCUGCCAAUUGCAUUUCCCUCUAUGAUCUAUGGAAUUAUAUUGAAUCAACACCAUGGUAUUCUAUGCUCUAAUGACUUACCUAGUAGAAGAAACCCUGCUCUGUCUGUGCACUAUAAACUAUUUGAAGGCAGUCAUGUUGAGGAUAUUGUCAUGACAUUUACCAUGAAAAGACCAGCCUCAAAAGCUGAAGGUGAAAAUAUUGAACAUGCGAAAGAAGCUGAAGCCCACACCUCUAGUGAGAGGUCUGCCAACAAUGAUGAGACAAGUGGCAAUUGUGUUUCUGGUACUGAUGAAGCUGCAAGCUCAUGCUCUACUGAGUAG